AGAGAUCGGUAUAUAAUGAGCAUAUACUUUUUGUGUAAAAUCUUCUUCUCGUUACUUUUCCUAAUCGUUUCAAGAAAAGAAAAACCACCGUUGUGGUUGUUGACUUGGAAGUUAGCGGUGACCGGAGAAAGGAAACAUAAUUAAAGGGUUCCAACUUGCGACUGAUUGUGGUUGAAGGGUUCCCCCCGUGCACACAACACUUUGGAUCAUUGCAUUGUAAUUGCGCUCUUGUCGGCAGCCAUGAGUGUGAUAGGCGCGAUGUUUUGUGUAGCAGAAACUUCUUCUCGGUCAGUUAAUGGCAAAGCAAUAGGUUUCGAAGUUUCACAGCAAGCAGCUUUGCAACUUGCUUGGUAAAUCAAUGGGGACAGGGAAAAGUAAGUCAAUGGAUUCUACUCAGGAAUUAUUAGCUUCCCAUUGAAGCAGAAUCGGAUUCUUCCUUAUAUCAAGAGAGCAUUUUUGUUUGGGUUUUUCAUACUGCUAUGUUCUUCUCUUGUCUUCAAGUUUUGAUUGUAAUUAUUACAAGUUAGUUUUCGGAUUUUUCGGUGUCGGGUUUUGUUUGAGAGAAGCUGGAAUGGGAGGAGUUGGGGAGCUUUUUGCAGGUGCUGCUGUAGGAGCAUUGUUUACUGUGCUGUAUGAGGUUGUUAAGGAUGUCAAGGACAAGACUAUGAUGUUUCGAGAGCUCCUCGGAGAUCUCGAUUCCACGCUAGAAGCGUUAAAGCCGCUGAUCAAAGACAUAGCGAAGUACAAAGAGGUGUUGGAUCAAUCAAACAAGGAAGUAGAAACAAUUGUGAAACAAAUGGCGAAUGGGGACGAGCUAGUUCUCAAGUGCUACAAACUUUGCUGGUGGAAAGGCUUCAAAAAGUAUAAAUACGCCAAGCAACUUCUCGAUUUGGACAAGUGUCUAAACAGGUUGUUGACGGUACUGACUGUGGAGGGAAUAAGGAACGGGUUCGAGAACUUGGCUAUUUCGAGGGAGAACUUGGCUGUGUCGAAGGAGACCUUGACUACUGUCCAGAAAAAUAGUUUGGUAGGAAACAAAGAGAAUGUUGUCAUACAAAAGCAAGAAGGAUUUCAUGAUUUGGGUUCAGUUCCUGAACCUCCACAUGUUACAGUUGGAUUGGAUGAGCCUUUGAGGGAUUUGAAGGAGAUGCUUCUUAAGGACGAUGUCUCGAUGUUAGUGCUGACUGCUACCGGAGGUUGCGGGAAAACCACAUUGGCAAUGAAAUUCUGUCAAGAUGAGGAAGUCAAAGAUAAAUUCAAGAAAAAUAUCUUCUUUGUCACCGUUUCUAAAGAGCCCAACUUAGAUGUUCUACAAGAGCUAUAUCAACGUAUGAAGUCUCAGGAAGCAGGACAAGAUCCUAUACUGUUGGUCCUGGAUGAUGUUCGGUUCAAAUCCAAAUCUCUUCUUCAGAAGUUUGAUGAAUUGAAAUCGCGAAAUUACAAGAUCUUGGUGACAUCGAGAUCUGAAUUUCCAGGAUUUGGCACUCCAUAUAAUCUCAAGGCUUUGAAUGAUGAAGAUUCGAUGACUCUUUUGCGUCAUUCAGCAUCCCUGGGAGAUAGUUCGUCUGUUCCAGAAGAUCUUCUGAGAAAGAUACUAAAGCACUGUAAGGGAGUUCCCCUUGCCAUUACAGUGACUGGGAAAUCACUUCGCGGACAAGCUACAGAAUUCUGGCGUUCAAGACUAGCAGACUGGUCUAAAGGUUCUAUUCUUGAUUCUGAGACUGAGUUGCUUCUUCGCCUUCAAAGUAGUAUAGAUGCCUUAGAUGAAAAAGAGGUUAUCAUCAGGGAAGGUUUCACGGACCUUGUUUCAUUUCCUGAAGAUCAAAGAAUCUCUGCUGCUGCUUUCAUUGAUAUGUGGGCAGAGUUAUAUAAGCUAGAUGAGGACUUUCUGUCCAUUAAGAACCUCCAAGAACUCGCCAGCAGAGGUCUGGCAAAUCUUGUGAUCACCAGGAAGGAGAAUAUAGAGAUUCUGGAUGACUACUAUAUCGAACACUUUGUUAGCCAGCAUGAUAUGCUUAGAGAGCUGGCUAUCUACAAUGCAAAACUAGACCCAAUAGAAGAUAGAAAAAGACUGAUUGUCGUAAGUGGACACAAUCAACCCAAGUGGUUGACGGAACAGAAGUCUCAACCCAUCAAUGCUCGCCUAUUAUCUAUCUCCUCUGAUGGAAUGUUCCCAACACAAUGGCAGAGUGUUCAUCUACCACAAGUUGAGGUUCUAGUUUUGAAUUUUAAGACAGUGAACAAUGCCUUACCUGAAUUUGUGCAGAAAAUUGAUAAACUGAAGGUUCUAAUAGUCACGAACUAUGGUUUAUUGCCUACUGAAUUGAGUAAUUUUGAUCUUCUGGAAUCAUUAUCAAAUCUGAAGAGAAUCAGAUUAGAGCGCAUUUCAAUUCAUUCCAUAACCAAGAAUUUCGUACCAUUGAAGAGUCUAAAGAAGAUAUCUUUGUUCAUGUGUAACAUGGGUCAAGCUUUCCACAAUUGUUCCAUCAAAAUUUCAGAUGCCUGGCCAGGUUUAGAGGAAAUGAAUAUUGACUAUUGCCAUGAUUUGGUGGAACUGCCUGACGAGCUUUGUGAUCUUGUUCAUAUGAAGAUGCUCAGUAUCACCAACUGCCAUAAGCUAUCUGCCUUGCCUGAAGAGAUCGGAAAGCUGGAGAAUUUGGAUGUACUGAGACUAAGGUCCUGUACAGACUUGGUAAGGCUUCCGGUCUCGAUUGAGAACCUCACUAAGUUGUGCUGUCUUGACAUGUAUGAUUGUUUGGGCAUUAGGCAGUUGCCUGAAGGCAUUGGUAAUAUGAGCGGUUUAAGAAAGAUCAACGUGGGACAAUGCUCAAGAUUGGAAGAGUUGCCUCUAUCAGUGUGGGAUCUUGACGAGCAGUUAGAGGAAGUGAUUUGUGAUGAAGAGAAGAAACAUUGGUGGGAAUCGUUCUUAGCCAGAGACAAAAUCAAGGUGGCAAAAGAAAAAACCAAUCUGAAUUGGCUCGAAAAGCCUCAGUUGUGAGACCUGUCUUUCCUCAAUAAAUGAUGGAGCAACGUUUUUCUGAUUGUGUAGCAUUGUUUUCUUUAGCUUUCAUCUUCUUGUUAGAUUUUUCUUGUUUGAUUUCGUUCUUGGUUCUGUUCAAUUUCUAUGUUUCAUCACAUCAGUUUGUAAGACUAUUUAUAUCAACUCUCGCGUCUCAAGAAAUUAUGUGUUAUUUUAUCU